UGCAAUAAUCCAAUCUCCCGGAUGAACGCAUGCGCUUUAUCAAUGGCCGACAUUUUGCGCCAAGUUUUUGGAGAAGUAGCGAAACUUUAGCUAUUUUCUUACAUGUCUAAGCCUUGUGCAAUCGUCUGUACAGCCUAUUUUUAUCAACGAUUAUUUUUAUGUUAUAUAUAUGAAUUUCGGUUAUUAUUGAUACAGAAAUUAUCAGAAUAUCGAGAAAGUUUACUGCGAAAUCUUUUUGUGCCUUGGCACGACAAAAUGGUGUUUUGGGGUAUCUAAGCAAGAGAAGAAUAUUCACGAAGUUCCACAAUUAAGACUUGGCAUUGAAAAUGGCAACGGUGGAGUAUGAUCUUGAUACCUCUGGUGGAUUGAUGGAGCAAAUACAAAAGCUUGUGGCUCCACCUGUAAGUGAUGAAGUAUUGCGUCGUCAAAGAAGGAAAGAAAGGGAGAGUAGAAGACAGGGGCGAGCUGUCAAUCAUGAUAGCUGUGACAGUUGUAAAGAGGGAGGAGAUCUGUUAUGCUGUGAUUGGUGUCCUGCAGCCUUCCAUUUACAGUGCCAUGAUCCUCCGUUGGAAGAGGAUGAUGUUCCACCUGGAGAAUGGCGAUGUCAUAGAUGUAAAGUUACUCCUCCCAAACCAGAACCACCUAUAAAAGAAAAAGAUGAUGAUGCCUGUUCAACCAAAAGCAACAGCAGUAAUGCAAGUCGUGGAAAGUCUCGACCACAACCCCCAGUCCCUGCCAUUGAGGAGAUGGUGGAAGGAUCCAUUACAGAAAACCUGACUCCCCUACAGAGGCUUGCCAGAGCCGCUCAGAUGAUGAACCCAGUUCAGUUUGAUUUACCCCGAGACAUUGCUUGCACCACACCGUUACCUGGUUCAAGUAAAAGGAAAUGGUGGGGCAAAGACAGAAAUCCGAAUAAAAAGUUUGUUCAUGAAUUAGAUAAUGGAAUGGUGCCUCUACCAGCCAAGUUGUGCUUCUACUGCAGCAAGAGCUGCCGUGUAGGAGCACUUGUUCAAUGUGAUUACUGCCCCUUGUUGUACCACAUGGACUGUCUCAAUCCUCCACUUACUUCUCUCCCAACCAACCGAUGGAUGUGUCCAAAUCACCCUGAAAAUGCCAUCGAUGAGCAUUUAUUAAAAGGGGUCAGUCUAACGGAGCGCAUAAAAUUGUGGGAUAAGUUCAAUAGCCGCAUCAAUCAGCACACCGUGAAACUGAACUUCAUGAAUAAAAUCCACAGAGAGAGUCCCCCCUUUAGGAUCAAAAUAAAACACCCAAAGCGGAAAUCAUUAGCGAUUCCUGAAGCAAUCAAACUCCAUUAUCAGUACCCCCCGCCCAUGCUUCCCAGCAUGCCAGAUCCCAGCACUGCAGCAGUAAUGGAAACCGACGAGAAAAUGGAACGAAUCCCAGAAACCACACUGGAAGAUCAAGAGGAGUGGUUGUCAGCAGUUGUGUCUUUACAAACCAGUAUAGCCAGACAUUUAGCUCAAAGACAGAUUCAAAAAUCCUCAGCAGAAAGUGGAAAAUCAGAACAGAAUGUGAAAUUGGAGAAACCCACAGCCUCUGUGCAACCUGUGAUCCAGGGAAGUGAAUCAAGUGAGGGGAACUUGUGUGAUUCCAAAGUGACUAGUAUGGAAGUGGAUAAACCCAAUGGCCCUGUGUCGGAAUCGGUGUCAAAUGGACCUCUAGAAGGAAACCGAGUGGGUGCAAUAUCCUUACUGCACCCCCCAGGCUCAUCAUCAUCAUCACAAAGUUCUGUAAACGGUGAAGUGGGUGAAUCUAGUAAAGGUAAAACCGACACUGUUUUAAUCAAAUCCAGGAGUAAAAGUGUGGAUGGAUCUCCAGCCAAUAUAGUGCGGGUCAACUGGGCAUCAGUGGACAAGCAGGUCACGUCGGGGGCCUCCACUUCAACCACUCCAUCUGGUAAAAACAUCGUUAUUAGUGCUAUAAACAAAGCGAAUAAUACUGUAGUCACAAAAGUGUUAGGUCCUACUCAAGGCAACAAACUCCUAGCAAACAACAUGGCAGCUAACAGUGGCAGCAGCUCAACGUCUAUCCUGUCUCCGCGUGUGUCCGGACAGUCAGCAAUUAAAGUGGCCAGCGUGCAGGGCAGGACGAACACUGGGGGCUCUGCAGCCAAAGUCAUAACUGUAUCCACACCCACCUCUGUUAAAGGUGGAUCCUCAUCUAAUAGCAAUAUCACAAUCUCAGGUGGCAAACCGUCUUCUACUGCCAGUACUCAGAACUCCUCCAAUGCCAUUGUGUCCCUCAAUAACUCGCUUCAGCAAUGCUUAGAAGGAUCCGGAGAUAUAGAACUCAGUAAGCUGGAUGAGAAACUGAUCCAGAUCCUUGCAUGGCAGAGGCUUCAGCAACUGUUACCUUCCAAGUCAAACUCGCCACAGACACCAAAUAAAAAGGGCGUGUUAAAUGGAUUGCUCAAUCAAGCAGGUAGUACAGAGGUCAAGGCCAGAGCUGUUUUGUGUCCGCUGACCAGCAAAGGCCAACCUAUAUCCAUGUGCUACAGAACUCUCAAUAUUGGAACAGGUGCUGAUAUGGAUGUGUGUUUAACUCAGUUUGGACACUGCAAUUAUAUCUCUCCAAAACAUGCUUACAUAUUUUAUGACGAGACAACAAAACAUUAUGAGCUUCUGAACUACAGUGAGCACGGAACAACGGUGGACAACGUCCUGUACUCCUGUGAUUUCAGUGAUAAACCUUCCUCCACACCACAACCCACUUCAGUUGUAGCAGCAGUUCGCAAAAUUAUCAAAAACAAGAAGGUCGAGAAACCCAAAGAUAUCGAUACCAAGGAUGAGAAACGCCUGACGAUGAGUGGGAAAGCCAACGAGAUAAAAAAGCCAUGUAAUUGUAAAGCCAGCAGCUCCAGUCUGAUUGGAGGAAGUGGGGCAGGAUGGGAAGGCACAGCACUACUGCAUCAUGGGAGUUACGUUAAAGUGGGUUGUCUGCAGUUUGUGUUUAGUAUUGUGGACCAUGCAACUAAUUCUUUAGGACAAGACCGAAAGAAAGAACCGAUGUCAUUACUGAAAUCAACAUUAAGAGGAUCUGCUCCCUGAUCUACAUACUGUGAUUGUUUGAAAUAAUUUUAAUUGUAAUUAUAUAGCUCAAACUGGAGUAUUAUUGGAGAAUGUAGGUACAAUAUGAAAGUAAUUUAUUUAAAAUGAAGAUAGUAAAAAAAAAAUAAACUGGGAUUUUAUUGCUGGGCUUUGUAGAUGUACAAAAAGUCAGGUCAGUACUUAAGCAGCGAGAUUGAAAGAUCAAUGUCGGAUAAAAAUCGAAAUUCAAAUAGUUUAGGGGGGUCGGGGGCAAGAACUCCUAUGAGGAUCUGUCGUCCAACAUUUAUUACACAAUAUUUUUAUGCCCUGUAAUUAGGUAUUUGGGGGCAUAGUUUUUAGUUUGUCCACAAAAUAUCUAAUCUUGGUCUUAACUUUUGAACGAAUUCAUGUUAGGGGUUUCUUAUUUCACGUGUAUUGCAUAUGUGACAAGACAUCCUUUUUGGUACCAAUUUUUUUUUUACCUCGUAACCCUUUUUUUUCUUUUUUCUUUUGGAGUUUAACUUACUUUUGAAAAACUUUAACUUUCAUAACUUUAAAUACAUAUUAAGGUCUUUCAUAUUUCACAUGUGUAUUUCAUGUGACAAGACUUUUCUUUUGGUGCCAUAAUUACUUUGCUGCCAAAUAGGGGUUGGGGGGCUGGCUUAACAUCUUGGUUUUUUAUAGCAUAGCUGGGGGGGGGGGGGGGGGGGGGGGGUUCUAAUUGUAUAUUCGAAGUGACAUUCAAAGUCUAUAUACUCUUUCAUUUGUGAAUGCACAGUAGAAAAGGUAGAGUAUUAUAUGUACAAUAUUAUAAAUACUUGAUAAGUGAUUUGGAUCGAUGUUCGGGGGGGGGGGGGUCCUUUGAUUUGGCUAUUUUUGUUUUUUGUCUGGCACUGAACUUUUGAUUUUGUCCCUAACCUGAACUGAAAUGAGUACUGGUAUUCAUCAUUUUAUUCAAAUGAUGAUAUUUUUAUUUUAUUUUUCAAAUUUGAUGAAAAAUCAAUAAUGACUGUCUUUCAUUGAAAUAAAAAUCCAUGAAUUAAAAAUAGUUAGUGUGUCAUUAGUUGCUAUGGUGUAUAUAAAAUGAAUAGAGAGGGAUUUGAUGAAUAGGUAAUAUAAAGUAAAAUGCAAACAGUAACCAUGUUGUAAUAUUGUCAGAUGUCGAACAAAACCAGUGUUAACAGUAUUUAUACCAUUACCACCAAUUGUUAAAAGAAUGGAAAUUAUUAUUGGUCACUCUUUGUAGACUGAUUGUGAUGUAUGGGAAUAUCAACUCAAUACCCCUCCCAUUUACUCAAUACCCCUCCCAUUUCACCCAACCAGCAUUUUUAUUAGGGCAGCUGAAUCCCCCAUUUCUUCUCUUACAUAUGUAUGCAUCAUCCUUUCAAAAGUGAAGUUAACUCAGGGUUGUCACAAAAGUCCUUAAAUCCAGGAUAAUUAUACCUGUUAUCUUUUUUUUUCAUAUACAUUUAAUUUUCUUUAAAACCAUGUACUCUGUAUUCAUGCACACUCCUCUUGUUUAAUAAAGUUGGGGCUUUUUGUCUUUAUAUUUUGUGAACCUUUCUUAAGAUUUGAGCAUUAUGUAGGUGAAGUAAAAUAUAAAAGAUGCUUUUUUCUUUUUUGUUUCAAAAGAAGAGUUGCUUAUAGUCUAGAGUAAUGUUGAGGACUGUUGUGGGUGUGAGCAACUGUAAAAACUGCUGAAAUAAAUCGACGUAUUGCAUUUGCUUUAAAAUGUGGGAAGCCUUUACCUUCAAAUCCUGUAUCAGGAGGUCUAGUUGCAUCCACUGUCGGAAGUCAGACUUUACAUGGAUUUCAGUACAUUUAUAUUUAUUGUCAGUUAGACAUGGCAUUGUUAGUCUGUUGAAUCUGCAUUCAAUGCAAGUACUGUGUACAAGAAAAAAGAUAUUUUUAAUAUACUGUAAAUAUUGAUAUAGCAAGUCUUAGGUGCACAAUGUGAAUUUUUAACCAAGUUGUACAAAACAUUUCAACCAAAUGAGUUGUAUAUAUAUAUAUAUAAUUUGGCCAACAUAUUUAUGCAUGAAGCAAAAUCAUGUUCCAUUGUAAAUAUUGAGCAGAGAAGUCUGUGAAGAUUUUUAGUCAUAUUGCAUAUUUUAGAUGGUAACCAUGGUUACAAUAAAAUCAUGUGAAAUUUGA